UCAGACAGUAACCAUCUUUCUUUGAUCUUGGUUAAUUUUUUUUGGUUUGCCCAUAGAUAAAUCUGCCAUCACUGAGAUAAAAUUAUAACCUGUUUGGUAUAUGAAUUCUAUUUUUGGAAAUGGAAGAAGUGGAUAAAAUAAUUAUAGAUUCUUUAAAGAAAUUCCAUUGUGGAGUAGAUGAAGUUACAAGUUUAAAACAAUUUGACGCAGACUUGGCUGCGACGGCAAUUUCAACAUGUUUAGAAUAUAUAAACUCGCAAUCAAAAUUACCAAAAAAAUUACCACCAUCGCUAAGUGCUAGAAUAAAAGCUUGUUCCAAUUUAGCUCUUCAAAUAAGAGAUAUGGGCUUCAACAGUGAAGUUGGUUAUCAAACUAUACUCUAUUGUAAUGAAGUUGAAAUUCGCAGAGUGUUGAUGUUCCUUAUUGAAAGACUGCCCAAAGAAUCAACCCAAGUUACACAGAUUGAGCCCACUGGGUAUGUCCCAAAAACCAUCAAACAAAUAGAAGCAAGUUUAAGAGAAUCGCUCAUAAAGCAUUGGUUGCCUACAGAAGCAAUAAAUUUAGGUAUUCGCCCUUGUGUUAAUGGAUAUGUUGUGAGCAGUUUUGGACACAGCUGUCCAUUAAAAGCGGUUGAUAUAAAUAUUCCCAACACAGUAAGAGAUAGAGAAGUUUUAGAACAGUAUAGUAGAUACAUUGGAAAUGUUACCCAGCAAUGUAAAGAUAGGGAAUUCGUACAAUCUAUUUUAUUUAUGGAAGAAGAGUUUCAAUAUACAGUAAAGCAACAUUUAUCGCAAAUACAACCAAGAGAUUUUAAAGAAGUGUCUAAAGUAGGAGAAGAUUUAAUUCUUCCUGACAUAGUGCCACCAAUAUCGAAUAGUAUCCAGGACAAUUUUGAGAAAUAUAAUGAAAGUCCUGAUAGCAAUAAUAAAGAAUUUCCUAAUCAAAUAAAACAAGAACAAGAACUCUAUGUUGUUUUACAAAAAUCAGUCAAAGACUGUGAGAAAUCUUUAAGAAAGAUUAAAGAAAGCAAAAUAGAAGAAGAGAAUUCUUUUAAAAAUUCCACCAACAAAAUGAAAUUGAAGAGAAAAACCAACGCGGUAUUGAGCAAUAAUGACAGUAUUUCCAAGCUUGAGAAGCUGAUAGAAAAUUCACAAGAGCAUUUUGCAAAGUUAUCCAACCAGUGGGAACAAAUUAAGUUGCCAUUAAUUGAGGAACAUAGAGCACUUACUGAUUCUGUUGGCUCUAAAACUUUAAGGAGUCAAAAUGAUCAAAUUAAACUACAGAAUUGUAGAAAAAAAUAUUCAGAAAUUAUGAUGGAAUUUAAGGAAAAAGCGAUAUUAGAGAAAAGCCUUGUGGAAAAAUAUAAAAGCUUGGAUACAAAAAAUAACAGGGCAGCUUAUACAAGAAGAAUAUUGGAAAUUGUAGGAAAUAUAAAAAAACAAAAUGACGAAAUUCAGAGAGUACUUAAAGAUACUCGCCAAAUCCAGAAACAAAUUAAUAAUUUAUCUGGGCAAAUUGAUAGAUCCUUUACUUUGGCGGAUGAACUGAUUUACCAGGACGCCAAACAAGGGGAGGUUGCAAAGACAGCAUACAAACUAUUGGUAUCGCUAAGAAAUGAAUUUUUAUCAAUUUUAACCGCAGUGUCUGACCUUGGCCAAGCAGAGAGAGAGUUAAGAAAUUUGGAAGAACAAGUUGAAUUAGAAAAAAGCAAGGAAGUAAAGUUCAAGCUUGAAAAAGUGAAUCAUGAUUUGUUAGAAAUAAAAAAAGAUAUUAAUUUACUGUUAUAAAUAUGAUUAAUGAGUAAUUUGUUACAUAACCCGUUUUUCAUUUUCUCUAUGAACUUUAUAAAGGAUAAUAAAUAACCAACUCUCGAGAACAUUUUAAUAUAUUUAAUUAAAACUAACUUAACUUUGACUUAUCAAGCC